UGUGCACUCUAGCCGGCGGCAGAGACGUGACGCCUCGUCUGAGGAGGGGAGGCGGGGAGGCGGGAGGCGGGAGGCGGCCGUCAGAGGUGGCGGUCUCAGAAUCGCCGCGCCGCCGUCGACGAACCGCAGCCGCCGGUACCGCGUGGUUCAGUCGUGUGCGGACCGCGCGCGCUGCAGGGUGUUCGGUGAUGGCUCCCCUGACGGUGUGGGUGCUGGCUGGCUGUCUGCUGGGAGUGACCUCCGCACAGUCCACAGAAGACAACGUGUUCUGGUACCGCGAGGCCGAGGGAGAGCUGGAGGAGGCGCUCAACAAUGAGCCGAACCGGAACCAGGCCAAGAACAUCAUCGUCUUCAUCGGCGACGGCAUGGGCAUUCCGACCAUCACCGCCGCCAGAAUCUACAAAGGGCAACAGCAGGGAAAGAACGGAGAGGAGGGCCAUCUGUACUUCGAGAAAUUCCCCCACGUAGCGCUUUCAAAGACGUAUAACCCGGACCGCCAGGUGCCGGACUCUGCCGGCACGGCCACCGCCUACUGGUGCGGCUACAAAGGCAACUACGAGACGCUCGGGGUGGACGCACGCGUCUCGGCUGGACAGUGCACCGCAUCACGGGUGAAGCGCAACAGCCGGCCCUGUCUGAUGGAGUGGGCGCAGGAGGCCGGCAAAGACACCGGUAUCGUCACCACCACGCGCAUCACCCACGCCACACCGGCGGCGCUGUACGCCAAGUCUGCCCACCGUAACUGGGAGUGUGACGAGAAACUGGGCGAGCGGGGCCGGGACUGCGUCGACAUCGCCCGCCAGCUGGUCGAGAACGCCCCCGGAAAGCUGGCUAAGGUGAUUUUCGGCGGCGGUCGUCAGAACAUGAUCGCCAACCUGAACAACACGCGGUUCGCGCCGGAGAACCCGAGCGCCUGUAAACGCCAGGACGGCCGCGACCUGACCCAGGACUGGCUGAGCGAGAAGCGCAGCGCCGGCCUGUCUGCCAAGUUUGUGGCCACCACUGAGGAGCUGCGCAGCGUCAACCUCAGUCAGACGGACCACAUCAUGGGUCUGUUCGGGAACAGCCACACACCCUACGAAGACCUCCGAGACAAGACCCUUGGAGGGACGCCCAGUCUGGUGGAAAUGACCGAGACUGCCAUCAAACUGCUCAGCAAAAACGAAAAAGGCUUCUUCCUCGCGGUGGAGGGCGGCCGGAUCGACCACGCGCACCACGACACCAAGGCACGCCGCUCCCUCUCCGAGACACUGCAGUUCGAGGAGGCCGUGAAGCGCGCCCACCAGCUCACCUCCGACCAGGACACCCUGAUCGUCGUCACCGCCGACCACAGCCACGUCAUGACCAUCCAGGGAUACCCGGUCCGCGGCAAGGAUAUCCUUGGGGCCUCGGAGAAGAGCCGGGACGACGGCAUGCCGUACACGACUCUCUUCUACUCGAACGGGCCCAACUGGAACGUGAGCUGGAACGGCUCGCACGUGGUGCGCGGCGACCUGAACGGUGUGGACACCACCGCCUGGGAGUACACGCAGCCGUCCGGACUGAAGUUCAAGGAGGAGACGCACGGUGGAGAGGAUGUGGCUAUCUACGCCACAGGUCCGUGGUCGCAUCUGUUCCACGGCGUCCACGAGCAGAGCUACAUCCCGCACGUGAUCUCUCACGCGGCCCGAAUUGGACCUCGUGCCGACUGCAAGGCGCUGAAGAGUGACCAGGCGUGUGCGUUCUCCUCCGCGGGCCUGUCGACACGGCUCCAGGCGGCGCCGCUGGCACUGCUGCUGCUGCUAGUCUCGUGGCUGGUCAGACCACACUAACACAGGAGCAGAGAAAUGUGGGGAGUGGCGCGGGAGUAGGUGCUUUAGGAGAUGUGUAGCCAGAUGAUUGUCACUCAUUGCAUCUAGGGCAGCAAGUGGGCCGCUAGAGCAAGGUUCGCACCGAACCAGUACUUUUUUAGUCAUUGUGUUGACGGGAUAUGUAUGAUUAGUAGUCCGUCAUCGUGUGUUUAUGUAUGCGUCUUUUUGUAAGUAUUUGUAUGGGUGCUCACUGGUUUAUUGAAUUAGUGUUCGUAUCUGUUAAAUCAUGUAGGUAACCCGUGAUUAUCCUGAUCGUUGUAAAAUACUAGCACCGGGUGUUUUUUUAAUUUAUGACAUCUCUUUCUGCAUUUUUGCGGCUUUUUAAUCGUAUCUCAAUAGUCAAACUGUGUCUACUGACUUGCUUCGAUGGAAUAUGAUCGGUUAGAACAAUAUCAGCGAUAUAAGACAAAAUGACGCAAAGCAUACCAAAAGGAGCGCAUCACAAGGUGAAAAUAUCCUGCACACCACACAUGUAUGUUUUAGGAGCUACGUGGAUGUAUUCGUGAUGUUCGCAUCGAUGGAUAUUUUCACAUAUAAGAUAUACUUCAAUCAAUUGUCACUAAUUGCUGUGACGUCACCGUCUGGUUGUCGUUGUUCGUCGCUGAAUGUCUAUCCCGGUGUUCAUCCGUUCCUCCUCUCAGACCCAGUGUCUCAUAGAGGUGUGCGCGCUCCAGAGCCCCGAGGUGAACUGCUAGAGGUCCAGGACUGCAUGCGUGUAUCCCGAGCAGAGGGCGCGCCCAUUACUGGUUUGAACCAGUAUGCAGCAGCCCUCGCCUCGUGAUAUGCACAGGUAGUUCUUUUCCAUCGUGCUGUCAUCUCAGUGGGAGGCGGGCACCGCCCCCUUAUGAUUUAUUGAGGAAAAAACAAUGGUUAAGCGCCGACGCUCAGUGCUGGUGACGCACCCAGACCCAAGUGAUCCGAACUAUGUUUGAAGCUAUCACACUCUCAUACAGCAUGAGCGAGUCGUAGCUUGACACUACACAGUACAUAGGCUCAGCCCAGGUCAGGUCAGAGGAGCACAUGGGUGAACAGCACAAAGUAUGACAAAAAUAAAAAGUUAAUUAGGCUAGACGUGACAUUGUUCUUUCUUGAAAACUAAAGCUUUGACAAAGGUCAGUGGCAUGCAUGUUUGUGUGCGCAUAAUGCUGCAAUAAACGUGAAAUAAGCACA